ACCGUCGCGCACGGCUCAUAUAAAUAACGGAGCCGCCUGCGCGUUGGACUCGAACCGAACCUCGCCGCCGCCGACUCCUCUUCCGUCUCUCUCUCUCAUCUAGUCCCUGUCUCCUUCCCUCUAAACCCGCACCCGCAGCAGCGCCGCUAGGGUUUGCUCAGGCCCCGAACCCCACCCUUGGAUUGCUCUGAUUCCGUGGCGGCUGUUUCCCGAAGUUUGCAGUAUGGCGGGGUACCCGGAGGACAACCAGCACGAGUUGAACGGGUACGACGAGGAGGUCGACGAAGAGGAGGGACACCCCGGGAGGCGGGUAGGCCGGGAUGGGGGCUCUGGGUACGCUGUUGCUGUCGGAGAGGAUGGGAGGGGGGCGGGUGGCGACUCGUUGGGAAAGAUUUUUGUCGGAGGCGUUGCUUGGGAGACUACUGAAGAAUCAUUCUCCAAGCAUUUUGAGAAGUAUGGGGCAAUAACUGAUUCUGUAAUUAUGAAGGACAAGCAUACUAAGAUGCCUCGUGGAUUUGGAUUUGUUACAUUUUCUGAUCCAUCUGUUAUAGACAAGGUUUUGGAGGAUGAUCACGUUAUAGAUGGCAGAACGGUUGAAGUUAAGAGGACUGUCCCGAGGGAAGAGAUGAUCACCAAAGACGGCCCUAAGACAAGAAAGAUCUUCAUCGGUGGGCUACCGCCAUCUCUUACUGAAGAUGAAUUGAAGGAUCACUUUUCAUCAUAUGGUAAUGUGGUUGAACAUCAGAUAAUGCUUGAUCAUAGCACUGGGCGUUCUAGAGGGUUUGGUUUUAUCACAUUUGAAAGUGAAGAUUCUGUUGAAAGGGUCAUAUCAGAGGGGAGAAUGCGUGAUCUUGGUGGGAAGCAGGUUGAAAUAAAGAAGGCUGAACCAAAGAAACAUGGAUCUGACCACAGCAGUAAUGGGAGAUCAAACCACGGAGGUGGAGCUUACCGCAAUUCUUACCGUAGUGGUGGUGGAGCUGGUAGUGGCAGCAGUGGAGGCGGCGGUGGUUAUGGGUAUGGUGGUGCUUAUCGAUCUGCUGCAGCAGGUUAUGGAUAUGAUGGUGGCGCAGGAGCAGGAUAUGGCUAUGGUAGAGGGUAUGGCUAUGGAGGCAAUGCUGGCUUUGGGUCUAGUUUUGGUGGUGGUUAUGGUGGAUCCAUGUAUGGAGGUGCUGCCUAUGGUGCAUAUGGUGCCUAUGGUGGUGGCGCCUAUGGAGGAGGUGCCUACGGAGGCGGUGCCUAUGGAGGUGGUGCUGCCUAUGGUGGCGCCCCAGGUGGUUAUGGCACUGGCGGAUACGGCAGUUAUGGCGGAGCAGGCAGUACUGGUGGUGGGAGCACAGGUGCUCGGGGUUCUAGCAGGUAUCAUCCAUACGGAAAAUAAGCGACGAGUUUAAACUAUUUUUCUGGGUCUCAGGUGUUCCUCUUCUCCUAGAAGUUCAGAUUUCAUGGCAUGUCCAUCUAAACAGUGGGCAUUGGAACGUAGUUGGGUCUAAUUAAGUCACCGUGAGAACUGUGUAAUUGCUGCAGCUGAGCCUCCCUGCCUGCCUUGUUUGCAGUACAAGCUACACAUAAAACCUGUGUUGUAUUCUUUAGUUUGGUAUAUGCAGAGUUUAGAACCCUGAGAUCGAGCAUUUUAUGGUAGGAACAGUAUUUGGUGCGGUAGAACUAUAUUCCGUGCUCUAACAUUGCCAUUGCAAGAUUAACUGUUGCCACAUGUGGUGAUUACAACUAGGGACCCAUUAGAGGAUUUGGUUACAUUUUAUGACUUGAUUUACAUUCUACAAAUGGAAAUGAACUCAGGGAUGCGACCUGGGCUAUGGCGUAAAUAUUAGAGUGUUGAGAUGUCUGCAUUCAUAUUUGCAGUUUUGUGCAUGAGAAUUUGUACUCUGCUAACUUCAACGAUUACUGCUUAUAUUCUCUUUUUAUCAUCAGUA